CCAUCUGUGCCCGCGCGCUCACGUCGGGCAUGCGCGCUGAGCGCGUCCCCGCAACUUCCUCCGGACAGUGAGCGAGCAUUUACCCCCAGACACAGGGAGCGGCCCCCCUGGACACCCAGCACGAUGCCACGCUGUCUGGUAAAAUCAUGCACUUCAAAGCAAGUGCAUGGUCAAAAAACAGGUGCUGUUGCAAUGCACCUGUUCCCUAAAUCACCAAGUAAAAUCAAACUUUGGAUGGAGAACAUUGGGCAGAAAUUUGAAGAUAUGGAUGCAACAAUCAAGGAAAUAGUUGGAGCAAAACGUGGCUGCUACAGAAUUUGUUCUGCACAUUUCACCCGUGAUUCAUUCGAGCAGAUUGGAUCGCGCAGGUUUUUAAAGAAAAAUGCCGCUCCCACUAUAUUCCAAGAUUAUCAUGGAUGCAGUAUUGCUGCGCCAGUUCAAACGCAGAAACACAAUGCAGUUAAUAGACAGACCCUCGCCCCAGCAGCUGGAAAUACUGCAUCCAUUGCUGCCAAUACAAGCAAACUAGAAGCAGAAAGUGAUGGGGAGAGAGAAGAAUUUAUAUUGAGUGGAACAACAAACGUGGACAGUUGGGAGCAUUGCUAUUCAGGUAAACCUUCACAGAUGCUCCAGGGAAAAGGAAAAGUAUUGAAGAAAAGUGUUGGGACUACAACAAAAGGCUUACUAAAGUCAAAAUCUGUUGGCAUGUGGACAGGGCCUUAUGAAUUUUUUAUGGAAGAAGUGUCACGUUCUACUGACGAGAUUUCAACAUCAAAAGCCGGUAAAUGUACAUCCGCAUGGACUGCUAACCUACAGCAAGAUGGACGUGAGCAAGAAAACCAGAAAACAAGCAACGUUAAAGAUGAGAGAGAGAAUUUUGUGACUGGUGCACCGUUUUGUUCAAUGGAAAAUACAAAUGUCUCUGUUAAGGCUGAGCCAAACGACGAAACCCAUACCUCCAACGUAAGCAGCUAUAGUACAGCAGGUGACAUCUUAAAUGACGAUAAAGAUGAGAAAGGCGUUUUUUCUCUUGAUACCAGUGUUGUGGCUGGUGUACCUUUUUGUUCAAUGGAAAAUACAAAUGUAUCAGUUAAGACCGAGCCAAACAACGAAACGUAUAUCCCCAAUACAAGCAGCUAUAAUACUGGUGAUCACACCCUACACAACGUUAAAGAUGAGAGGGAAAAUACAAAUGUAUCUGUUAAUGUGGAGCCAAACGACGAAACUUAUACACAUAGCAUAAGCAGCAUUAAAACCGGUGAUCAGACCCUACAUGACGUUAAAGAUGAGAGAGAAGAUUUUACUCUACGUGCUUGUGUGGGGACUGCUGCAGCUUUUUGUUCAAUGGGAAAUACAAAUAUAUCUGUUAAGGUGGAGCCAAAGGAUGAAACGUAUACCCUUAACAUAGGCAGCUCUGCUAUUCGUGAUCACACCUUACAUGACGUUAAAGAUGAGAGAGAACAUUUUUCUCUUGAUGCUGGUGCUGUGAUUGGUGCACCUUUGUGUUUAAUGGAAAAUAAAAAUGUAUCUGUUAAGACUGAGCCAGAUGACGAAACAUAUACCCCCAACACAAGCAGCUAUACUGCCGCUGAUGACACCUUAGAUGAUUUUGACACAAGCGCAGUGGAGGAAAAUAAAUUUAUUGUGUUUGAAUCCUCACUAGAUCUACUUAUACAAAGAAUAAGAUGUGCACACAGAGGGAUGUGUGAGAGACGUAUCUUAAAGAAAGACAAAAUCAUAACAGGUUCUUGCUUAACUGUUCUAGGUACUUGUGAACAUGGACAUGUUACACAGCUAUGGAGAAGCCAGCCACUUGUAAACAAAAUACCACUUAGAAAUGUAAUUUAUUUCUGAAUGGGGAGGAUGCCUACUACAUGGCAACUGAUUCACGUACUGCCCACCCGCAGGAGAAGAUCAUCUGUUUCCAGGAAAAUAUGGUGGAUUUGAUGCCUCUUAAGCGCAGGAUAAAGACUAUAACAUUGGCAUUCCUGCUGUGAUAGUGUCAGUGCCAGCCAUGUAGGUGGAUGGUGAUCCUGGGUAUGGUAGUUCAGAGUACUGCAUAAUUGAGCUGUUUUUCACUAAACACUACAGUGCAGUACAUUAAAGACUAAAUGCCAAAAUAAAGUUGAUCAGGGUUGUUUGUUAAAGUAAGAAUAAUUAGAAAAUC